AUGCUAGGCCCUGCUCUGGUCGCCUCUCUGGCCGUUCUUUCCUCGCUCCUGGGCGGUGUCAACGCUGCCGGCCGUCUCAGUCCGAGCCGUCUCAUUCCCGGCCGUGGCAAUCACGGCCGUGCUAAUACCAACCAAGCCGCUCUCAGCGGUGGCAGUCCCAGCCGUGCUAAUCCCAAUCAAGCCACUCUCAACGGUGCCAAUGCCCACCACCAGGCCACUGCCCAAGGCUCCAGCGUUUUGAGCAACCAAGCUCCACAGUUCAACCGGCUAGUCUACGUAGCAAGCCCCUUCAGCGCGACUGAAAUCCUGAUGAAAGGCGGUAUACGAAGUACCGGCGCCGGCCAUAUCGACCCAAACAUCCCAUACGCCGGGCACGUCUAUGUGCAGACCCAGGAGGAGACCCGAAUGACAGCGAAAGCAUAUAACAGCGACCCGUGGAUAACGACCACCGUCGAGAAGGUACACGCCUGGUGGGGUUUUGGGCAGGUAUAUAAGGAGAAAGGCGAGAUGUUUUAUAUUUACCACGUCGAAUCAAGCGCCAUUAACGAUGAUCUUAUCCAAGGCGAUGCCAAAUACAAAGAAAGCAUCAGCAAAUUCCCCUUGCAAGACAAAUGGUAUGAGGUGCACCCGUUAUAUAACGUCAGGAUUCCAUGGUACGCCAUCGUUGGAUGGGACAAUGUCUCGCCGAACGGAGAGAGUCACUAUGAGGAGAACAAGGUGCGGUAUAGCAUACCAAAUAUCGAUGUCUGGGGGCUCUUCAGGAGUUAA